GUCAGACUUUAUCGAGUAUUCGAGUCCCUUAGUGAUUUUUUCCUUAUUUAAUAAUCUAAACGAAUUACAAAUUCUAUAAGCUUUAGAAAUUGAUCCAGACAAUAGCUAAAAUCCCAUGAUCAAUAUAGGGCCAUGGGAAACGGAACACAAUGUGUUUUCCCAUAAAUGUAAGGUACCUACACUUGAGGUUGUUCAGUCGUUUCGUACUGAGGAAGCGGUUAGCUGCGCGCACGCAGAAAAAGUAUAAAAAGUUCGGAGGCAAACUCAAAGUGUCAUGGCGAAAGCGGUGAUAUGGUUACUAAUCCAGUUCCUCUACAUCGGAAGCAUAUCACCACAAAGGUUGGAAGUCAAAUACACGAACAGUUCAAGAAUAUGCAAAGGGGAUCUCUUUAAAACCGUUGCCGACCUGAAGAACUUGGAAGGAUGUGUGGUUGUCGUGGGCAGCGUCGAGAUAUUUAUAGAGAAAUCGAACGCGGAUAGCUUUACAAAUAUGACGUUCUAUGAUUUAAGAGAGAUAACCGAAUAUCUCCUGAUUUAUCGGGUAAGAGGUCUGGAGUCUGUCGGCCAACUGUUUCCCAACCUCGCCAGAAUAAGAGGGAUAAGGUUGCUAAACAACUUCGCUUUAAUCGUGUACGAUAACUCCAAUCUCACAGAGAUUGGACUCUUUAGCCUUGUCAAAAUUGACAGAGGAGGUGUGACUAUGUGGGCGUUACCACAAGCCUGCUUCGUUGACACCAUUGACUGGAAAGUAUUAGCUCCUAGAGCUCGGCAUGUGAUCAGUCCUCCCUUAAUCGAUAUCCCUAUGAGGCAGAUCCAGUGCAGCGUUCCCUGUUCUUGUUCAAGUAAUGCUGCCACAAAUCGUUGUUGGAAUAAUAAACGAUGCCAGAUAUUCCUGGACGGGCCAGAUGCUGAUAAAUGUAACGAUCAGUGUCUUGGAUGUCGUAAAACAAACAAGGACGCUUGCUUUGUUUGUCGCAAUUUUACGUAUAAAGGAAAAUGUUUGGCAGAGUGUCCACCUCACACAAUCCUUCUUCCCGACAGCCAGUAUUGCAUCACAGUGGAUGAAUGUUUUGAAAUUGGUCGGUGGGUGUUCAACAACACCUGUGUGUCCGAAUGCCCCAUGGACUACAGGAUUAAAAAUGGUACUAAACGCAGACCCACCAUUUGUGAACCUUGCACUCACUGUGAAAUAACUUGCGGUAGCCUCAAAAUCCAAUCUUUAAGCUCAAUCCAAAGCGCAGAGAAAUGUGUGUAUGUGAAUGGAUAUUUGGAAAUACACGUAAGAGCAAUUCCUGGCGUACUCGCAGACUUACGAACGUAUCUCGGUCAAAUUCAAGAAGUGUCUCAGUUUAUAUCAAUCGAAGGAUCUGAUAUAACAACACUUGAUUUCCUAUCAUCAUUGAAAAAAAUAAAAGGACAACAUCUAAAAGAUGACAAAUACAGUCUUAAUAUCCAUCGAAAUAAUAACCUACAAACACUAUUUACUGCAUCUGUAACUAAAAACGUUAUCAUCGAAGCUGGAACAGCAAGAUUUGAUCACAACCCAGUGCUUUGCAUGUCUAAAAUAGAUGAACUGAAAACUCGGCUGCCGAUACCACCAAGUGCUAUAGAUAUUCCAGAAGGUUCUAAUGGCUAUCGAGGGGCAUGUGAAGAAGUAAUUUUUGACUUCGAAAUUACACUAUCAAAGGAAUCUUCUGUUCUAAUACAGUUUUCACCAAUACUUGACCACAGUACACAUUAUACUGCAUUAUAUGUGCGUCUACCGCCAGGAGUCCAUACCACGGUGGUUCCUGAAACUUGUAGCGAGUUUGAAUGGCAUGCUAUUGACAUUCCUACAUUAUUUGAUAAGAAUUUUGGCGUUGUAGAACUCAAUGGUUUACAUGCUGCAUCAUCUUACGCCCUCUGUAUCGAAAUAUAUGAUCCUGAGAAGAAACGAUUGGUUAGAAGCAAUAUCUUUAACUUUACAACGCCUGUAGGAAUUCCAGAGCCACCGUUCAUAGUGGAGUUAGUUGCAUCUGCCUCAGACGUUGUUGUGUUACGAUGGGUCGAUCACAAAGAUUAUGUUCCUCAUAUCGAUUACUAUGAACUAGAUGUGACCCUGAUUGACAAUUAUUCCAGGACAUCAACAGUAGUAGACUAUUGUCGUUAUAAAGAAGAUUUAUUCGAUGCUGACUAUACUCGUCAUGCUUUAGUACGGAGGCCACCUCCAGAAUAUGCGAGAGGCUGUGAAUCAAUGUGUGGCAUAUUAUCGUCUGUCACUCCUGGUGCAAUGGUAGAGGAGUAUUUCGACGUAUGUGAUGAUUCUAAUUUCGAUUGUAAUAAUCAAGAAAGUAUAAUAUCAAGUAAUUCAAGUUUUGGCAACUACGUACGCACACUAGUAUUGUUAAAUAUAAGCAGCCCCAGAAACGAUUUUCAAGUCGGUGGUUUAGCACCCUUUAGUGAUUAUAAGUUUAGGUUAAGAGCUUGUUCCGGUGGACAUUGUAGUAGGUCAGCAAGGGGCGUAGUCAGAACUUUCAGUUUAAAAAAUGCUGACAUACCCUCUAUUAGCUACUUGCACGCGAACCAAUUUGGUUAUAUUUUUGUAAGGUGGAAUCCGCCAAAUGUUACAAAUGGACCAAUUUUAUCAUACUCAGUAGAAGUAUUGCCUAGAAUUAAUGUAAAUGACCUAAUGCCUCAAGUUUGGUGCGUGGCGGCAGAGGAAACAAGGAUCUUCGUUCAAUCUGUGAUAGUCUCCAAAUAUUUAGUUAGGGUGUGUGUUAAAACACUCGCUUCCAGUAAUUCUUGUAGUGAUUGGAUAAAAAUUACCAGUGUUACCGAGUCGAAGACGAUUCUACUGUGGAUCGGUGUGACUUGUGGGAUUUUGAUAUACAUCGCUUCGUUUGUUGUGGGAUGGCUCAAGAGAAGAUGGAGGCAUCGCAGCGAUGUAGUGCCAUUAGUCGAUAGUUCAUCUUCGUUACGUGUCGAGAGCGAGCCGCCGGCCAUGAUGCUAUCAGAUUUCGUGCCAUUUCAUACGAUACCUUUAGAUUAAUGCUGUAUUGUGAUACUGGUGUAACGGUUAUUGAAAAAUGUAUGAAUAUUUCUAAGCCUUAUUAUUUGGAAAAAGUUCACAAAAAAUUUGUUGUAUUUAAAAUAUUUCGUUAACAAUUUGUAUCAUCUAAUUGAACAUGUUGUCAAAAGAGUCAUAAUAUUCACUAAAACGUCCAUUUUAUUAAAACGAUAAUGGUUUUAAUUAAAUUGGUUUCAUGUUAUGUGCGGAACACUCGCGUCUGUCACUUUAUCAAAG